CUCCUUUCUUGGCCUUCUAAUUUCUUCUCCUCCACGUUCCAUUCUCCACUUCCAGCGACUCGAAUCAAGUUUUUUUUGCUUCUUCAUAUCAAAAACUAAAAUAUCAAGUUUUGUUGUUCUCAUUUGGUAACAUCAAUCUCUCAUUUUAAGAUUUUCAGCCAAAAAGCAAAAAGAUGGAGGAAUAUCUACACAACAUGAAAACCUUACGCUCUCAAAUGAACGAUGUGGAAGAACAAGCGGCUAAGAUUUCAGUUGACGAACAAACGCAGAUCACUUCUAUUCACACCAUGGAAUUGGACCUCAAUUCAGCAAAAUGUGAAACAAAGCGUCUAAAAGAGGAUACAGAGCGGAUGCUGCAGGCAAAAGGGCAGAUAUGCUCACAAAUCCUUGAGAGGCAAAAGAAGAUUGCAUCCCUCGAAUCUGAUUCCUCAACCCUGUUUCAGACACUAGAGCUUAUAGAACAAGAAAGACUCAGUUUAUAUGCCAAACUCCAAGAGAAAAGAGCAUAUUACGUCAAAACCGUUGAAGAUUUGAGUGCUAAAGUACAAGAACGACAGGAUUGGGUAAAGUUUAACAUGAACAAAACAGGGGCACAAGGAAAACUCAAAGAAAAUGAUGGUGCACAUGAAGGGGAUUAUAUGGAUGAGGACCAUCUCAUUACUAACAAUCAGGAAUUUGAGGACCUCAGAACCAAGUUGGAGGCAAUGAAAGCUGAGCUUGAGGAGAUAAGAGCGAAGAAAUCCAAGCUUCUUUUCGAGAAUAGAGAGGUAGAGCAGUCUAUUAAGCAAUUGAAGAGUAGAGUUGAUGGCUAUCCGCCAGAAUUAGGGGCAAUGGACAUCAAUGGCUUGGAAGAGGAACACAAAGCUCUGUUAUCAGAUAAAGCUGGAGAAAGUGAGUACUUGCAGUCUCUGCAGCACCAGAUUUUAAAACUGAAGGGCAUUACACACACAGUUCAUUGUGAGUGCGGAGUGCAAUACAAGGUAGAAAUGAUGGAAAAUUGUGGUUGAUCAAAGACUUAGGACGGGUUCCUUGUAUACUCCAGUUUAAGGCCAUAUGUUAUAGAGAAAGUACAUUCACGUAUUGAAUCGAACCUGUGACACAUCUUAGGGAAAACCCUGCUAUGCUUUUUGGGGUUAUUAGAAUUGAGAUAGAUAAAAAGGAAGUAUGAUAGCCAUAAUCUUUGGUAUGUUGUUUGUGAAUGUAUGAUGAAUCGCGUUGAAAAGAGAAAAUGAAGGGAAAAUGAGCACUCUGAUUUACUUUUAAUUGGUCGCAAGAAGACUGUUCACCAAAACCUUCUUUUAUUUGAGAGGUUCUUCUGGUGGAACUACACAUUUCCUUCCAUAAGUAGGCAAUGAUAUAAAAUCUUCCAGCAUAAUGUAUCUCGUUUCUUGUAUACGCAUACGCUUGAGAAAGCACUAACCUUAGUGCCUGGUUUGCUAGUAUUACUUGUUUUGUCAAUGUAGACCCUAAGAUUAAUGUAAUUUGUAUUAGUAUUA